AUGAUAUUGAAUCCUAUGAAAAAGCAGUCUUUUGCCGCACAUGGCUUCGUCGCGGUGGAGCGACAGGUCGAGGUCAUGCUCGAUAGUCAAGCCUUGAAACGUCUUGAGCUUCUUGGAGCUGGCGCGCACUGGACAGACGGCCAGAAGCCCGCGACGCCGACGGCAUCUGAUGGACUACCAUGUGGCCCCGUCCGUUGGGAAGGAGUGAACUGCUGA